AUGACAAAAACACAAAUACGGCAGAAACGCAAAUACGGCAGAAACGCAAAUACGGCAGAAACGCAAAUAUGUCAACAACGCAAAUACGGCAAAAACGCAAAUACGGCAAAACCGCAAAUACGGCAGAAACGCAAAUACGGCACAAACACAAAUACGGCACAAACGCAAAUACGGCAGAAACGCAAAUACGGCACAAACGCAAAUACGGCAGAAACGCAAAUACGGCAGGAAUGCAAAUACGGCAGAAACGCAAAUAUGGAAAAAACGAAAAAGGCAAAAACGCAAAAAAAGGAAAAACCCAAAAAAGGCAAAAACGCAAAAACGCAAAAAAGGCAAAAACGCAAAAAAGGCAAAAACGCAAAAAGGCAAAAACGCAAAAAAGACAAAAAUGCAAAAAAGACAAAAACGCAAAAAAGACAAAAACCCAAAAAUGACAAAAACGCAAAAAAGGCAAAAAAGUAA